AUGGCGACUGUCGGUGGUAAGGGCAAAAAAGGCGGUAACACCACUGGACCAGAACGGGGUCCGAAACAGAGCCUUGCGGCACGCCGGAAUAUGGUUCAGUAUGGUGUGUUGAAGGGGCAAUGGUGUAUUUAUCCAAGUCGCGAACCUCGGUAUAGUGUAUGCUUCAGUUACAAAACAAAUAGUAUCGCCAACAUAGAUCAGAAAGAAAAUCGGCCCCAGAACAGACCCUUGUGGAACUUCUUUCCUGACGGCAUCGUCCUUGGCAGGCCCGUCAAAGGAAAAGCGAAAAGGGGCGGUGAAAGACAGUCGACGAGCGGUGGCACCGACCACGUAAAGGAAGAUCAGCCCUGGCUAUGGAUUUUUUUCGGCCUUUGGCGAUUCUCUCUUCGUAAGACGCAGAGUGUUAGUGCAUUGACAAAGUGGACUCAGUUCGCCUCCAAGACGCCGCCGCACUUCUCCAAAGUGGACAACAAACCCUUUACGACGUUGAACUUCACGGACUUGGGCUCCCCGUUCGGGGGUCCCCAAGAGGACCCGCCGGGCACCCCGACCAUGUCCGGCGAGGGGGGCCACAUCGGGCCUCCGACACCCCAUCACGAGUCCAACAAUUCGACGCCGGUGUCGAAGAGUGCCUUCAUCGAGCUGCAACAGCACGGGUACGGGCCGCUGAGGACCUCCUAUCAGCACCAUUUCAAUUCUCCGGCGGGGAACGCUCACUCCGGGCCGACGGGGCACGAUCCGGGCUUCCCCAGCCCUCGUGGGGGCUUGGGGGCUUACCCCUUUCCGCCGAUGCAGCACAACUCGUACGGGGGCUACCAUUUGGGAGAUGUGCAAGAUAUGAGGAAGAAUAUUUUGUUCCACAAUUUCAUGGAGAGUAUCUACUACUAUCUGCGAAGCUGUAUGGAUAGAACAGUUGAUAAAUUCCGAGAAAAAUGUUUGUCGUUGGAGAGGCCGUCGGGCGGUGGCAAAGGCAAGAAGAUGCGAAAACCGCGCACCAUCUAUUCCAGCUUGCAGCUGCAGCAGCUGAACCGACGUUUCCAGAGGACGCAGUACCUGGCCCUGCCCGAAAGGGCCGAACUGGCUGCCAGUUUGGGUCUCACGCAGACGCAGAAUGAAAUCAGAGCUUUCUUACUGAAAAACUGCUCUUAUGCGAUCAAAGAGUAUCUUGAUCUGAGCAUGAAUGAACUCGAACUUCUGUGA